CCGGCAGUUACAUUCUGUACUUCCCUGAGCUGUACAGAUGUGUCAGCACAAACUUCUAUCCUGGCACUGCGAGUCAGGCCAAAGUGCAUGGGCUGGAACACAGUGUGCAGCUGCAUGUCCCGAACCACAGCACCAUCGUCACGUCUCAGCUCGAUGUGCACACACGGUUGGUGUCGGGAAAGUUGUGCUGAUGUAACCCCAAAGAAAUCCAGGGGACCCUGCCUGAUCCUCCCGGACUUCCGGCUGACUGCAACGUCUUAUCCUGAGCGCAAUGCCUCAUCCCUCUCCGCAAACAGGUGCAGGCGCUGAGACGGGCGGAGUGACGCGGCCCCCUGGAGCCCUCGGCCCGCCGGCAUGGCCGUACCCAUCGCGGUGCUGGACUGCGACCUCCUGCUGUACGGCCGCGGGCAACGCACGCUGGACCGCUUCAAGCUGGAGGACGUCACGGAUGAAUAUCUGGUGUCCACAUACGGCUUCCCCCGGCAGUUCAUCUGCUACCUGGUGGACCUGCUGGGAGCCAGCCUGUCCCGCCCUACGCAGCGCUCCCGAGCCAUCAGCCCCGAGACCCAGGUGCUGGCCGCCUUGGGCUUCUACACCUCUGGCUCCUUCCAGACGCGCAUGGGGGAUGCUAUUGGCAUCAGCCAAGCCUCCAUGAGCCGCUGUGUUGCCAACGUCACUGAGGCGCUGGUGGAAAGAGCUCCCCGGUUCAUUCACUUUCCAGAGGACGAAGCAGCGGUGCGGAGCCUGAAGGACGACUUCUAUGCGCUGGCGGGCAUGCCGGGUGUGCUGGGCGUGGUGGAUUGCACCCACGUGGCGAUCAAAGCACCCAACGCCGAGGACCUGUCCUACGUGAACCGGAAGGGCCUCCACUCCCUCAACUGCCUGAUGGUGUGCGAUGCCAGGGGGGCCCUGCUAAGCGCUGAGACGCACUGGCCAGGCAGCAUGUCCGACUGCACCGUGCUGCAGCAGGCAGCCCUUAACAGCCAGUUUGAAACCGAGCUGCACAAGGAUGGCUGGCUGUUGGGUGACAGCUCCUUCUUUCUCCGCACCUGGCUGAUGACCCCCCUGCACAUCCCUGAGACACCUGCAGAAUACCGCUACAACAUGGCGCACUCUGCCACACACAACAUCAUCGAGCGGACAUUCAGAACCAUCCGAUCACGAUUCCGCUGCCUGGAUGGCUCCAAAGGCACCCUGCAGUACUCCCCCGAGAAAUCCAGUCACAUCAUUCUGGCCUGCUGCGUGCUUCACAACAUCUCCCUGCAGCACGGGCUGGACGUGUGGUCUGCCCCUGCAGCGGGGCACAUGGAGCCGGCGGAGGAGGAGUAUGAGCAAAUGGAGUCAAUGGACUCUGAAGCCUGCCGUAUUCGUCAGGAGCUGCUGCUCACUCAUUUUAGCUAGCAUUGUGGCAGCAGGAAGGCUUCUUGCUGUUCCUCUGAGAAGAUGCAGAGACCAGCAUGCUUCCUCCUCUUAAGUCGGUCAAGACUAUGGGAUGUGAGACGAGAAGAAACUAUUCGUUUCAGGGAGCAUUCAGAACUUCUCUUCAUCUCCUUGUAGGUGUCAUUAACUGCUGAAUCAUUGCUGUUGUGACUCUCAUAAACACCCCUUCCUCCUAAUUUGGAGGACAAUGGCUGUAAUGUGAGGUUGGUGGAGAAACGUGGAAAACUGUGGUGAUAACUAUGAUAAAUCUGUAAGCCUCGCACUAUUUUACAAAGCAACAGUUCUAUGCCACUUUGUAACCCAAACCACUUACAAUUGAUUUUUGAACAGCAUUUCACACAUUAAACCUCCCUUUGGGACCAUGUCUGAGUUCAUAAGC